AUGUUCUAUCAACCUGGAAAAGAAGACCAUGGGCUACCGUAUGAUCCAUUCAAAGCAUGCGUCCUCCCCCGCCCCAUAGGUUGGAUAUCUACCCUCUCUCCAACCGGCGCCGCAAACCUAGCUCCCUACUCUCAAUAUAACAAUCUUACCUUCGACCCGCCCUACGUCAUGUUCAGCGCCAAUCAAACACCAACCAACAGUCAGAAAGACACCGUCCGCAACGUCGAAGCUACAGGGAAGUUUGUGUGGAAUCUAGCGACGUAUGAACUGAGGGAAGAAGUGAAUAGAAGUGCCGUGCAGGAAGAGUAUGGGAUUGAUGAGUUUGAGACGGCGGGGGUGGAGAAGGAAGAUAGUCGAUUAAGUACUGUAGGGGUUGUGGAGGAAGGGAAGGAGGGCAGGAGAGAGAUGAUGGUGCCGAUGGUUAAGAGGAGUCCGGUGAAGUUUGAGUGCGAGUACUACACCACCCUACGCCUUCCUGGGAACCCGCCUAUGGGAUCCGCGGAUGUUGUUAUUGGGAAGGUUGUCGGAGUGCACAUCGAUGAGCGCGUUUUGACGGACGGCAAGAUUGAUGUAAGGAAGACGGAACCGAUUGCUAGAUGUGGGUAUUAUGAGUAUGCGGUCGUGAGGGAGACGUUUGAGAUGCGGAUACCGGGGGAGGAUAAGGCGAUUUUGGCGGGGUUGGAGGGCAGUGCGAAGAAGAACGAGAGGUUGGAUAUGGUGGGGGAUGUAGAUGGAGACGAAAAGUGA